AUGGCGGAUGCCAGGAGAACCAAAGCCAGAGGGAAAGAAAGCCCUCACUUCGAAGCUGCAGCAAGCAAGGUGGCAUUCAGGCACAAGAUAGCCCGAUGCCCGCCACCACAAACAACAAGCACUCACUGCGACAUCAAGACAAGAUGCCUACCCCUCCAGACGCAACGCAAGACCGCGGCUCCAAAACCGUGGCAGGCCCGAAACGGAAGGAAGGGUCGGAGGCACAGCAGGCCAGAGUGCACAUUACAACACAGGCUACAGACACCCAAAAAACGAUUUACCCUCAAGAUGCAGUGGGGAGCAGAUCCCGCAAGCGAGAUACAGCACUGUCCACAUGGGAUCCCUAUUGCCGACAAAGCACACAGCGACAUCCUCUCCAAAAUAGAGGGACAUUUCUCCGACUUCUGGCAGAAAUUAACACGCCUUUUGCUCCAGCCCUCUCUACCACACAAAGAAGCCUACUUACCCAAAAGCUCUCCACCUAAGCACCUAAGAAGAUCAGUGCCGAGCCUCAAAAUGGCGCCGAAGACAUCACCCAAGCGCACUCAAGCAGGACCACAACCACGACCUAAAAAGCUGAACAGUGCGACACACAAGUCACGAACCCCAACCUACCGGAGCAUAGGCGAUGUCAGGCAGUGGGCCCCUGCACUCAGAGACUGUGUCGUGUCCCCUGCUGGCAUAGGCUGA